CAAGCUGGUGCAGAAAAUGACGAGAACGAUAAUGUUCGACGAGAUUCAAAGACUCCCGUGAGGAUGAUUGCUACAAAGCAUCUUAGACUGAGCGAGGAUGUUCUCUGGGGGCAGUCGCUACAUUUUGACUUGGAUGCAGAUACCAGCAAGUAUCUGAAUGUAAGUGUACGGGCAAAGCCCACAAGUGUUUAUGCAUCGACUGAUCAAGACAGUGACACACUGGAGAAUACGACUUCGCAGAUGCUGGGAUAUGUUAGUUUUUAUUAA